AUGCCUGCUCCCGGUCCCGAUGCUCCUCUCCAGGAGCGCCUGCUCGCUCUCGCGCAAACUCUCCAAUUUGCUUGGUUCGCUGGCCACCUAACCCUCAUCUUCACCACCCUCCGUUACAGCUUCUCUUGGGUGCGCAUGAACUACUAUGGCGGCAUGGCCGUCUUUUGCUACCGGACCUCGUUUGUCGCCGCCGCCCUCACCUACGGCAUCGUCGUAUACAAAACCCAAAAGUCCCGCGCAAAGACUGGCACCCAGCUGCCUGGCGGUGUCAUCGGCCUCCUCGGCGACGAGAACAUCCAGUAUCUUUUGAUGGCCCUCGUCUGGCUUAUUGCCCCUCAGUACCCUCUCGCGCUGAUCCCUUACUGCGUCUACUCUACCUUCAACGCUGCCACCUAUAUUCGUGCCAACCUGCUACCCGUCAUCAGCCCUGCGCCUCCCGCCGCCGACGGUGCCUCGCCCCGUAAGACGUCCAGCCCGCUCGCUGACCGAAUUGGCGCCUUUGUCAAGGAGUACUACGACUCGUCCAUGUCCAUUGUCUCAGGCCUCGAGAUCCUGCUCUGGUUCCGCAUUGUCCUCUCUGCCAUCCUCUUCCAGCGCCGCUCCUGGAUUUUGCUCGGCCUCUACACUGCCUUCCUCCGUGCUCGCUACUCCCAAAACAACCACGUCCAGACCUCAUUUGGCCAGCUCGCUGUCCGCAUCGACUCUCUCGUGUCUGCCCAGGGCACCCCUCCAGUGGCCCGUCAGAUCUGGGACUCCGUCAAGAACUACACGCGUCAGUUCCGCGACGCCACCGAGCUGAGCCGCUACACUGGCGGUGCCGGCCCUGCUAAAAAGACCUCUUAA